GCUUAUUCUCAGUAUGUCUGCUAUCUAUGGAGGUUCGUUGGCAAAUUCCAAAAGAUCCCUAACUUACGUCUCAUGCAAUAUCAGCUGGAGGUCAUUACAAAGAUGGUGUGAAAUUUGAGGUUUAUUUCGGUAGUACCAAAGCAAAUGAUCCCCGACAAAAAUGUAUGUUGGUUUUGGUUUUUAUGGCGUGCCGGGUUAUAUCGGCUGAAUCGGACUGGAAUGAAGCUAGGAUCUCGGGAACAUUGCCAAAAACGAUUGCACCGUUCCACCGUUUUAUUUGUAGUCGGCUUACUGAGCGACUAUCUCACUGCGCUCGCACUUACUUCAAUACAUUUGGAUAAUAGCUUUUGAAUGAAAUUGAAAACGCAGCUUAGCGGAACAUACUUGUUUAAUCAAAUGCUUAUCAACAUCUAAAAACAUGAAUCUUCGAAGAUGUGCGUAUUAAUUUAAGGACACAAACUCAGGAAAACAAUUCACGUACACACUACAAUGAUCCUAAUAGAAACGGCGAGACUAAUUCGAGUUUCGGUUGGCCACAAAAAAAAAAUCUACGACCCGUGUUGUAAUAUCCCACAGAAGCGCACGAAUAAGUAAAUAAAAUUGAAUAAUUUACGAGUAGGUUUUACCACGGAAUGUCACAAGGGCGGUGAUGUGAGAUAUCAAAUUAUAAGUGGUUCUGUGCACAUGCGCGUUUUAGUCCGCCGGCCGCCGGUUUCAGUCUGUUCGAAGCUUGCCUAGCCUACGAACGAAUUCUCGAUUGUAUUUCGAAUUCUCUAACUCGUUCGAUCGAAUUGAAAUAAAAAUUCCCAGUUAAGUGCCCGAUUUUAAUUUGGUUGUUAAUGCAUACGUUAAAAUACGUGUUUCUGUGACUGUGUGUAAAAAUACAAGUUUCAGUUUUGAUUUCUUUCGCUUAGUUUUUAUUAAGUUGCAGUGUUUGUGGUGACGUGUUUACGGAUUGUUUCGUGCUUAAAGUUUUUGGAACGCCCAUUAGAAUCAUUAAAUUCAUUCGUUAAAUGAAGCGAGACUGAAAAAGGUUUACCGAAGUCUAACUCUCUAGUGAAUGUGGCGCUAAAAGGCCGUGCUCUCACUAAUGAUGUGAAAAAGACAAUACAGUGAUGUGGCUUGCGGCGUUGGUGUGUCUACUCUGUCAGUCUGCAGGCAUAUCGGCCGGCGAGGGCGGUGACGGCGAAGAUUUGUCCGUGACUACGACAGUCGACUACAGCAAUGUCACUGGCACUACAGAGUCUGUUGGGCAACCUUACUUCGACAACUCAACAAAGCGAGAUUACACAGCAGCUGUAGGUCAGCCGGCUUAUCUACACUGUCGGGUCAAGAACUUAGCUGACAGAGCGGUGUCGUGGAUUCGGAAACGGGAUUUGCACAUACUAACCGUCGGCGUGCACACGUAUAGCAGCGACGCGAGAUUCGCGGCCCUACACACGGACGGGUCAGACGAAUGGACUUUACGCGUCGCCCCAGCGCAGCCGAGAGACUCCGGCUCGUAUGAAUGUCAAGUGUCCACUGAACCGAAAAUAAGCCUUUCUUUUAGGCUCACAGUUGUCGUAUCAAAGGCAGAAAUACUGUCGGGACCAGAACUCUUUGUGCGAGCCGGGUCCGACAUCAAUCUGACAUGUAUCGCUAGACAUGCCCCAGAUCCGCCAAGUUUCAUAUACUGGUAUCGAGGGUCCAACGUAGUGAAUUAUGCUCAGCGAGGGGGCAUCAGCGUGGAAACCGAACAAAGGACCCGCACGAGCCGGCUUCUCAUAGCGAGAGCCUCGCCACGGGAUUCAGGAAAUUACACGUGCGCUCCGAGCAGCUCUGAUUCGGCAUCGGUGAUGGUCCACGUUGUGAGCGGAGAGCGGCCGGCGGCGAUGCAAAGCGACGCUGCUAAGACGAACAAACCCUUACGACCUUCAGUGUUGAUAUCACUCGGAAUGAUCGCCAGUAAAGCAUCGUCCUUAGCAAUUUUAUUACAGGGCUUUUUCAUAAAUUUGAUUUAUGGAAACGGAAAUCCGUGGAACAAUUACUGCUUAAGGAGAUUCGAACCGAGAUGACCUCAAGUACGUCACAACUGAAUUGUAUUUAAUGCAAUUUAUUAACUAAUAACAAAAGUAUGGUGUUUAUGAUAUGAACGAUGGAUGGACGUUGAAGAAACGAAUUAUUGUUAUGGACGAAUAUCAAAAUUGGAUUUUACUCUGUCGAUCAAAGAUUAAUUUUAUAGCCAAUGAUUUUUUUGAUUUACGUCUGUAUAAAAAUCAGAGCAUCGAAUGUUUUUGAAACAUUGUGUAAGUUUAUGAAAGUUCUGAAUAAUUUGCUUAUUAAUUAGAAUUACAAAUGUUUUUAAGCUCCUUAAGACCAAGAGACUUUUAGAGACUUUCAAUGCAGCUAAAAUUGCUUCUAAAUAUCUCAUGAUGUAUAAAAACCAGAAUGUCCACAAAAAAACAUUUUUUAACGUAUCUAUUUUGGUAACUUGUACCACACUGAAAUUUAAACAAAUUUGUCGAAAGAAUAACCUCGAGCCUUGCUUGCAGACACAUGAUUAAUAGUCUAUUGUGAGUUUUUUUUUUAAAUCAUGUCAUGAAUUUUAAUGCUAAAUAAUAAAUAAAAGUAUUUUGUUAUUCAGAUACUAUAAAACGUGGUAUCACUAAAAUACAAAUAAAAUAAAUAAAUUUAUUGCGUUUAUAAGGUAUAGGUUGAUUUUUUUAUGAAACUAUUAGGUAUUAAAUUGAAAAAGAAUCUUGAAUACUUAUGUACGUACUAAAUUAUUAUUUUUAUAAAAUGUAAUUUUCGAGUCAAUCACAGCCAUCAAAAUGUUGUACGUCAAGAAAUCAAGUGUAGAUACUACAUACUUGGCAGAAACGUUCUUAUAACGCUCUUAUAUACUGUUGGGACAAUUAGUUUAAUUUUCAAAAGAAAUAUUCUUAAGGAAUUAUUCUGAAUAAGAACGAAGCUCUCAAUAAAAUGUUUUAUACACCGCUAUAUUUUGUAUACCAAUUCAAAAUUAACAGUAAUUUAAAAAGGAAUUUUAAGUAUACGGUGUUAGUUAGAAGUCUGUGAUUAUACUUCACGAUGAUAAAGUUACUGGAAUAACCUUUUACGGUAACCCUGCGUAAAAUGGGAGAUAAAGGAGGUUGCCCGAUUGAAAAUAAGAAAAUAACUUUAUUAUCUCUAAAGCAAAAGGUUUACAUAUUUUAAAAAUAACUGAUUGAAGAAUAAAAAACUGAAAUUAAAAGUAUUGUCGUUCUUCAACAUAAGUACAUAUGUAAUUAUACAGUGUGCGUAAAGCUCACGUUGAAAAUAAUGAAAACGAUAAUGUUAGAAAGUUAGCAUUUGACCAAUUAUCAGCUUAUUAGUGAGUUUUAUUGGGUUAUUCGAUAUCUGUCACAAAUUACUUUAAUUGGUACUUCCAAAUUAGUGGUGUAUUAAACGCGGCGAUAAUAUUGGGUAAUGGACUAUUGGAUGUCGAUAUUCUUCAUUUGAAAAAAAUGUAGAAUAUAGUGGGCAGCCAACUAAAUAUAUCGUAUGUAUUAAAUAAUUGAAAUAAGACUUAGUUCGUAUUUUGUGUAUUAGUUACGCAUCAAUGUAAAUAAAAAUUUGUAAAUAAAUACGUUUUACGUGUUA